GUUCGGCGGUGCGGCGGCCAGGCAUUACUGCCACCUCCCGGUCUUCACGCUGCGGAACCAAACUUUGCCAUCCGCCGAAAUGUACGCUUCGUUCGACGGGGUCACCUGGUUCUUCGUGAACAAGGUAACCGUGAACCCAGCGCCAGUUUUGAAAGAACUUAAAGCUCCUCCGGGCUUAACGGAGGGCGGGUUGUACCGACUGGACGAAAUGCAGUAUGGCGAUAUCUUCGAAAAGGGCUACAUGGAGAUCGGCACGGUAAUGGGGGAAAAUUUCGUCCCGGGGUGCAAUUGCUUGUUCUCCUCCGACUACGUAGCGGAUGGUCCGGGGAACCAGAUUGUUGAUUUGAUGGAUCAGCAAAAGUACGCCGUGUCGGAGCACUCCACCGUGGUGGACUCAACGAAAAUCAUGUGCGCGUUUCCGCCGAAACUCUUCUUCGAGAAGUUCCUGGUGUCCGUCGCCUGUCCGCCGACGACGAUCGCGCAAAACUCGCUGUGGUUUAUUCCGCCGAACCGGCUACCGAAAAUCCGGCAAAUUUACCCGGACUCCCUCGGCGCCUAUUUGCAAAACACGAUCACCAUCUACGGGCACAACUUCCACAGCUACAUUGGGCGCGUGAAGGAGCACAUGAAGAACAAAUUUGAUCAAUUGAUCCC